AUGGAGGAAGCAGAAGCAGUGGCCGACCAGAUAGGAAUACUGGCACGCCGAAUGCUGGUCACUGGCACACCCAAAGACAUAUGCAGCAAAUUUGGAGACCUGCUGCAAGUCAACAUUGUCGCCAAUCCGGCACCUGAUCUCACGGAUGGAGGUGGCCAGCGAAUCAUCGAGUGGAUUCGCAGCACAUUGCCCGAAGCUCACGUCGAAGCAAACGCACCUGGUGGCCGGUUCCGCGUGUCCAUCCGCCGCGAGAACGUGCCGAUCUCGCCACCGGGUUGCAUCAGCGCCGAAAAGGAAGUUGUCUGCGAGAAACGGCAGGGCGCUAUUGGACGUUUGGUCCUUCUGCUCGAGGACAACAUGGCCCACCUCGGCAUCCGUCAUAUCAGUAUAAUCCCCACGACUCUGGACCAGGCGUUUCUGCGCAUUGUGGGAAACCAUGAAGAAAUAGAGGACUUGGAUGCGGAUGCGGCACCGAGAUCGUGUUUUUCGUUGGCUCGUUGGAUGCCAACCUGGGUUGCUCCACGUGGGAAACGCUAG